GCGCGGAAAUUUAAACUUCUGAAAUACCAAUGGAAUCAUAAAAUCAUGAGAAACUGCAUCGUGAGAUGUAAAAAGAGAGCGCACGAAAAUUUCCACCCGAAAUGUGUGGAAAUGAGAGAGAGGGAAAAGAAAACGGGAGAAGCGAAGCGGCCGAAGAGUGGCAUUUCCCAUUGUGUGUCUUCCCCCUUCUUUUUACAUUUCCCGAUUUCGAAUGUCCUUGAAAUUAAAGGCGCACACCAUUUUUGCAUUUGACAAAGAUUGUGUCGUGUCGAGACCUGAUACCGUACUUUUGGCGCACAAAUCGUAAGUUUUUGCGUUCGUUAAUCGUAUUUUUUCACAUAAUUAUUAACAUUCCAGUUGUCUUUCCUCAUCGUGUUAAAGGCAAGACUACUCACGGAUUUCUGGCUUCGCUCAGAAAUUGAAAUGGAAGAGUUUGCCGAACUAGGCCAUUUUGGCUCAGCCAUAUCUGUGGUAGUUUUACGGCGCGUUGCGUGUCGCGUCGCGGCUCGAUCUUAGUUGUAAAACUAAAUGUAUUUGUCCGUGUGGAGUACGCGUUGUCCGGCGGGCGAUUGUCAAUGGAGCGCGAGAAAUUCAAUGAGGAAGGCCAGAACCAGGUGACUACUCAGAAAUCACUCUUUUUGAUCUUUGAAUUGAAUAAAUCAUUUGAAACAACACUUAUUCGGAAAUGCGAUUAUUCAUGUCUGUUAAAUAUACCGUUUAAUAGGAUUAUUUGGGAGAGAAAACAGACUAGAACAAAGUUGAAUAAAUAAACCUUUGAGAUCUUCGAAGAUACCGAUGAGUCUGGACACUCCAAAAUAGUGCACUAAUCCAAGAAUUGACGAUGGUGAUUCCGGCAACUGCCGUCAGUUCCAAGCCUGAACAUUGAGCUUGACAGGCAACGCGUCUUGUUUCCCAAAACAUUUUAAGACGUGAUCUCUGAAGAAAUUUAGUUUAAGCUCGUUAAAAAUAUUUUCGUAAUCCGAGACCGAUUAAAAUACUCCCUGUCUCGAGGAGAGUUUGACACCUUGAUACUAAUUCAAUCAUGAUAGGUACCUUAAAAGUUAAAAAAAAAUUGCUCAGUACCUGAAGUAGCGAUACAGUGAUUUCAUUUGACGAAAAACUGUGAGACAGACGUUAAACAGUUUUUUGACGUUCCAGACACAACACAUCAUUCCAUCAAUUAUUCCGCAGACUUAUUUCUUAUAUGGAUGUAAUUUUUACAGAAUAUACAAUAAAAAAUGUUCUUGUUGCAAUAUAUUAAUAGGAUACAAUAGGAUUUCCCGGUACAAUAGAUGGAAGGAUACAACUUCUGACUGCAAUUAAGAUUCCUGAGUUCAGGCAAGCCUAAUCGUAGAUUUUUCUUUCUGAUCAUAGAAUUGAAUGAACUAUUUGACACUAUAUUCACGGAAAAAUGGCUAUGUGAACCUCAGACUUCCUCUAAAACAUUUCAGAACAUAAUCCUAGACUUUGUUAAAAUUUAUUCCAAUUUUAUGCUAAUCUCACGAAAAACGGAACAUAAUUUCAAAAACGAUAAACUAGGUACUUCCCCGUAUAAAAGAGAACCCCUAACUCCACAAUCUUCACUCCAUCAUGGCUGUCUCCACUGUCCUUCUAGUCGCUGCUCUCCUGAGCACCGCCACCGCGGAUUUUUCCCCAAGUUUCCGUGCAUUCAUUCAAACAACUUAUGGGUCAGCAACCUUGAAUGCACUGGCUAGAACUGAUCUUGGAGCAGCUGGAAGUUAUGGAGGGGGACUUCAUGAUGGUCUCAGUCCCACUACCCGAACACCUGUCAUCCUAGUUCAUGGAACUACCAACAGCGCUGGUACCUUUGCUCCGCAAGCAGCAUACUUCAGAGCAAAUGGAUGGUCAGAGGAGACUGUAUAUGCUACCACAUACGGUGACGCAGGAGUUACUACGGCUACAAAUGUAAAAAUGCUUUGUGAAUAUGUGCAACAGAUCAGAAAUAUGAUCAUUGCUGUGAACGCCUUCACUCAGCAAAAAGUAAAUGUCAUUGGUUACUCCAUGGGAUCCCCAAUUGCCAGAAAAGCCAUCCUUGGUGGAAAAUGCGCUGAGAAUACUGUUCAAUUGGGAGCUCCACUGACUAGUAUCAUAGAAACCUAUAUUUCUGUGGCUGGUGCUAAUCGUGGUACAUCACUCUGUGACAUUCUUUUUGCUCCACUGGUUGUGCCAACAUGUAACACGAAAAAUGGACUCAAAUGUUCAUCAGAUUUUCUUACAGACAUCCGUAGUGUCUCAGCUUACGAGGGACAAUACAUCUUCUCAAUCUAUGGACCUAGCGAUGACAAGGUCGGAUUUAACACCGUUUGUGGACGUGUUUCUAGAAUUGAUGGAGCAACGGCCGAAAAGGAUAAUGUUCCCGGAAACCACGACGCUAUCAUCGCUAACACAGUUGGCGCCACCGCAGAUCUUCUCACUAAUCACGCAUUUUAAGAGUCUUCCUGAUCACAAUUUUUUCUGCAUUCUCUA